AUGCCCAUCCUGGCUCUGGCACCAAGGAAUGCAUGUCGUCUCUGGGCCGAGACAGGGAAAUGUCGCUUUGGAGAUCAGUGCCGCUUCCAACAUGGCUCCCACGCUCAAAACAAAGGGGCUGGAGGAGCUUCCAAUAAGGACAAGGGGCAAUUACGUGCAGUAUCGGUGGACGUGGCUCCAGGUUAUGGCGACGAUGUGGCUAAGGAGUCUGACGAGGCACAGGAAGGAGUUAUCCAACGACUCUAUGCUCUGCCAGAACCAGGCUCUGAUUCUGACGAGGUAUUCUCUGGCCCAACGGUUACAUUGAUGUUGUCCGACGGUUCUGCCCCGCUGAGGGGGUUGUUGGACAGCGGAGCGGCUCGGAAUUAUAUCUCUCUGCGCGAGACGUCUGCACGCGGCUGGACGAUCGGGCCCACUACCGAGACUGCUAGGUUGGCUGAUGGUACCCGGAGGUCGCUCCAUGGGAAGGUCGAAUUGGAGGCAUCGGUCGGAAGCCGUAAGCAGAAGCUCACUUUUUACGUCAUAGAGGAGGCGGGGCCCGGAUUGUCAGCGCCUCCUUGCAUUUUGGGAGUUCGUGCUAUGUGUCAGCUGUCCAUCUCCUUGGAGUUCUUCGAGCACAGGGGUGCCCGAUGCGUGCGGGUGAGGGUCGGCGCUGAGAAUAAGCCCACCCAGGUCGGCUCGCCGGGCAAACCUCUCACGGACCGUGACCGCAUCAUUGACCGUGAGUCACGGUCAAUGAGGCGGAUGCGCGCGGACGCUGUGGGUCGGUGUCCAUCCUGGGUGAGGCCCUGA